UCUUCAGGAGGGGCCGAGCUGAACAGGGCUGCUGCUGCUCUCCGCUUCUCCCCUAGCAGUGCAGGCUGAUGGAGCACAGGGCGAAGGCAGGCUCUCCCAGAGCCUCAGGUCUUCUCUAGCCUUAUCCCUAGAGAGGGAGAGGUUCCUCUUGCCCAGCAGAGCCCUGCUAAGCCCUACCAGCUUCCCGAUCCCCAUCAUGCCUCUGCUGGAUGUGUUCUGGGCUUGCUUCAGAAAAGUGAAGUGCUUCCCAUUGCUGCCAGCGAGGAAGAAUGCUGAAGCUGAAGCCAAAAAAGCAUGUGAAUGGCUCCGGGCAACAGGAUUCCCUCAGUAUGCUCAGCUUUUUGAAGAAGGUGUGUUUCCCCUGGAUAUUGGCUCUGUGAAGAAGGACCACGAUUUUCUGGACGAGGACUCUCUGGGGGCCCUGUGCAGGAGGCUGAUGACCUUGAACAAUUGUGCUUCGAUGAAGCUUGAGGUUCAUUUUCAAUGCAAGCAGAAUGAAGAUUCAGAAGAGGAGGAGCAGUGUACCAUCAGUAACCACUGGGCCUUCGAGCAGGAAAGCAAGUGUGGGUCUCCUAUGAGCUCUUCUGCCUUGCUGGCCCCACCAAGCCCUAGCCGGCUGGGGACCUCAAGCUGUGAAAGUGUCCUGACUGAGCUUAGUGCCACCUCCUUGCCUGCCAUCACCGUGAGCCUUGCACCAGAGCCAGCAGACCUGCCCUUGCUAGAGCGUGUCCCCAGCCCAAGUGACCAGCCCUUCCUUAGCCCCACCCAGGGCCAGGAGAGUUCCCAAGAGAAAGUCAAGAAGCACCAUUCCCGUAGCUUCCUCAAGCACCUUGAAUCUCUGAGGAGAAAGGAAAAGAGUGACAGUCGACAAACAGAGCCUGAGCAAAACCUGGCCACUUCAGAGAAGGCUUCCAAAGCCUCAUCUUUCCGCAGUUGCCGUGGCUUCCUCUCAGCUGGAUUUUACAGGGCCAAGGGCAGGGCCACCACCUCAGCCAGGGGCAGAGAUGGUGAGAUUCAGAAGGCCUGGGAGGCUUGGCCUGUAGCCACGUUGCGGCGUCCUCAGCCCGUACACCUACGUGACUGCCUGGUGCAUGUGCCUGGGGACCAUAAGCCAGGCACAUUUCCUCGCUCUCUGUCCAUUGAAAGCCUAUGUCCAGAGGAGGGACAUCACCUGGCAGAUUGGCAGCCAGGUAGGUGCUGGGGCUAUGAAGGGCGCCGGGGUUCCUGUGGCUCCACAGGUAGCCAUGCCAGCAUUUAUGACAACUUGCCAGAGCUGUACCCAGCUGAGCCUGUACAGGCCGAGAUUGAGGCUGAAGAUGAGGAUGACAGUGGUGGCAGCUAUGCACACCUAGAUGAUAUUCUGCAGCAUGUGUGGGGGCUGCAGCAACGGGUAGAGCUCUGGUCUCAGACCAUGUACCCAGACCUGGGGCCAGGAGAUAAGGAAGAAGAGGAGGAAGAGGAGGAAGAAGAGGAGGCUCCUUCAUCAGUGGAAAUAGCCACAGCUGAGGUGGAAGGCCAGGCUGAAGAUCUAGCCCAGGCAGAGGCUCUGGUUCACAGAGAGUCCCCUACUCAGACCCAGGCCGAAGUCCCACCCGUAGUCCUAGCUCAGGCUCCAGCUGAGGCCAAAGGUUUGGCGCAUGCCGAGGCUGAGGCUCUGGCCCAGGUCCAGGACAAUGAGCAAGAGGCAAACUCGGCUGGGGAACCCACCUCUGCCUCCAGUCUGUCUGUGGAAGAAGGACAUUCAGUCUCUGACACGGUGGCUUCCUCCAGUGGACUUGACAGUAGUGGCAACUCCAUGAAUGAGGCUGAAGCUGCAAGCUCUUUAGCAGGACUCCAGGCAUCAGUGCCCCGUGAACGGCGUGAUUCAGGUGUUGGGGCCUCACUUACCAGACCUUGCAGGAAGCUCCGUUGGCACAGUUUCCAGAACUCCCACCGACCCAGCCUCAACUCAGAGUCGCUGGAGAUCAACCGGCAGUUUGCAGGCCAAAUCAACUUGCUUCACAAGGGCUCACUGCUUCGGCUCACCAGCUUCAUGGAGAAGUACACUGUACCACACAAACAAGGCUGGGUAUGGUCAGUGCCCAAGUUCAUGAAAAGGAACAAGACCCCAGAUUACCGGGGACAACAUGUAUUUGGAGUGCCACCCUUCAUCCACGUGCAGCGCACAGGCCAGCCUCUGCCCCAGAGCAUUCAGCAAGCUAUGCGCUACCUGAGGAGCCAGUGCCUAGAUCAGGUGGGCAUCUUCCGCAAGUCUGGGGUCAAGUCCAGGAUCCAGAGCCUGCGCCAAAUGAAUGAGACCUCCCCUGACAAUGUCUGCUAUGAGGGCCAGUCAGCCUAUGAUGUUGCUGACCUACUGAAGCAGUACUUCCGGGACCUGCCUGAACCCAUCUUCACCAGCAAGCUUACCACCACUUUCCUGCAAAUCUAUCAGCUCCUCCCAAAGGAGCAGUGGUUGGCGGCAGCACAAGCUGCUACCUUGCUGCUCCCUGAUGAAAACCGAGAAGUGCUACAGACCCUGCUCUACUUCCUAAGCGACAUUGCCUCUGCUGAGGAAAACCAGAUGACAGCUGGCAACCUGGCAGUGUGCCUGGCACCCUCCAUCUUCCACCUCAACAUCUCCAAAAAGGACAGCCCCUCACCCAGGAUCAAGAACAAACGUAGCCUGGUUGGCCGGCCAGGCCCUAGGGACCUGAGUGAGAACAUGGCUGCCACCCAAGGCCUAUCACACAUGAUCAGUGACUGCAAGAAACUUUUUCAGGUGCCCCAGGACAUGGUGGUGCAACUGUGUGGCUCGUACAGUGCAGCUGAACUCAGCCCUCCUGGCCCAGCUCUGACUGAGUUGCGGCAGGCACAGGCUGCUGGGGUGAGUCUGAGCCUCUACAUGGAGGAGAGUAUACAAGAGCUGCUUCGGGAUGCUGCAGAACGCUUCAAAGGCUGGACCAGUGUGCCUGGGCCCCAGCAUACAGAACUGGCUUGCAGGAAGGCACCAGAUGGACACCCUCUGCGGAUGUGGAAGGCAUCCACAGAGGUGGCAGCCCCUCCAGCUGUGGUGCUGCAUCGUGUCUUAAGGGAGCGGGUCCUAUGGGAUGAGGACCUGCUGCGGGCCCAAGUGCUGGAAGCCCUGAUGCCAGGAGUGGAGCUGUACCACUAUGUCACUGACAGCAUGGCACCCCAUCCUUGCCGGGACUUCGUGGUGCUCAGGAUGUGGCGCUCAGACCUGCCUCGUGGGGGAUGCCUGCUUGUCUCCCAGUCCCUGGAUCCUGAGCAACUGGUGCCUGAAUCUGGAGUGCGGGCCCUCAUGCUCACUUCCCAGUACCUAAUGGAGCCCUGCGGCUUGGGCCGCUCUCGUCUCACUCAUAUCUGCCGUGCUGACCUUAGGGGCCGCUCUCCUGACUGGUACAACAAAGUCUUUGGGCACUUAUGUGCCAUGGAAGUGGCAAAGAUCCGGGACUCUUUCCCCACACUGCAGGCAACUGGCCCUGAGACAAAGCUGUGAGCCUCACAAAGCCAUUCCCCAGGCCCCUGCCAUCAAGGGAGCGAAUGGGAAUAAGAACAGAGAGGCCCCCAGGGGCAGAGCCAGGCCCAGGUGGCCUGUCCUCUUACAUCCUAAUACCACUCUGCAUAUACAUGGGAGAAGAGGGUGUAGGUGUCCCGUCUCCAUCCUCCUUCAUUCCCCACACUGCAUUCUACUCUCCCAAGAGAAGAGAAUCUUGUUAGUGGUAGGAAGACAGCUGCUCCCCUCCCCCUGACCAAGAAGCCCCUACUCCAUCUGGAGCUUCAUCAGCUACCUACCCACAGGGGGGUAGAAGGAAAUGGAGAGCAUGGUAUAGUCCCUCUCUGUCACACCAAGAGGCUAGACCAUUUUGUUUGGUCUAGAGUUCUUUUGAAGUUGGAUAGGAGAUUCUGGUCCUGUCUUUGGGGCCAGCAUUGGUCCUGAACUGACUUUUCCAGAUAGAGAUCUGGAGUAGUGGAUGGAGCAUAGCGCAUGGCAGCACCAGCCACCAAAAGCUGUUUUAUCCACAUAAAUACGAUGCUGACUUUUAUGAAGCAGAUUGAGAGUGGCCUGAUGGGCUGUUAGUGACAGGACGAAUUGGGAUAGCUUGGGACAUGAGGUUAGAGAAGCUUCUUUUCUCAAGUCUCAAGAGACCAAUGAACCAUCCUCCCCUGCCUUGGACCCAGACUUUAUCUGCGGCUGUUUGGGGUCGUGGGAAGCCUAUGGCCCCUCAUGACCAUAUUUACAGGCAAAUGAGCCCCUCCCACCACACUGAAGGCAGUUCCCCUGAGACAAAGCUGUGAGCCUCACCCUGGCAGAGGCCUCCAGGGGCAGAGCCAGGCCCAGGUGGUUCAGCUGCCUAUCCUCUGGUAUCCUAAUCUGCUCUGCAUAUACAUGGGAGGAGAAGAGGGUGUAGGUACCCCACCUCCACCCACCUUUAUCCCCCACCCUGCAUUCUGCACACAGGUCAAGCCAAAGCACAUAGCGGCAGCGAGUUGUAUAGCUGUAUCUUUGCGCCUUUUGUUCAUGAUGUGGCCCAUGAGAAAAGUCCCUUUGGAGGCAGAUACCAUAGACAAGGCAGAGUGAAGGGCUUACCUUAACCAUCUGGGCCUUGAUCCCAGCCUGAUAGAUCCUAUCCAGUGGCUAUCUUUUCAGAUGGAAAUCCAGCAGACAUUCAGAGGCCAACUGGUGUUUUCUUUGUCUUUGUACUGAGUAAACUGUACUGGGGUGGGUUGUAGCUACCAUUGCAAUGUUAAGCCUGUUUUCUCUGUACCUAUAAAUACUGUACAGUCAGAAUAUAUAUGCACAUAUGUAUAUAUACAUAUGUAUAUACCUAUAUAUACACACGCAUAGCUGCAUGUGCACGCAACUAGCCCCUCCUGAAGGUAUAAUCUCUGGAUGGAAGCAGGGUCUGUAAGGCCUGGGGCAGGGUACUCCUGAUGAGACAGGAGAGGUGAAGGACAGGCCUCAGCAGGUCCCUCUGCAGAACAAUAAAGCAUGACUGGAGAUGCA